AUGGCCGCCGUGGCCUUCGGCCAAACUACCGGAAAACUUGGGGACGCCGCCGAGACCACCGACAACCCGCUCGGCGCCGUCUACGUAGCGAGCUUCUCCCCGAAAGGCUCAUCCAAGGUCAGCGGCUCCAUCGUCGCGUCCUCGGGACCCGAUGGCGAAGGCGUGCACUUCUCCGUGUCCGUCUCUGGCCUGCCCGCUGAUUCGGGCCCGUUCGGCUUCCAUCUUCACGCGGCUCCCGUCCCUGCGGACGGUGGUUGCAACGCGACGCUAGCUCAUCUUGACCCCUAUAUCCGCGGCGCAGACACUCCGUGCGAUAAGACCAAGCCCGAGACGUGCGAGGUUGGCGAUCUGUCCGGCAAGCACGGUGCUCUGUCCGGCGAAUCUUAUUCGGCCUCAUUCAUCGACAAGUACGCCUCCCUCAAACCCGGAAUCGGAGCCUUCUUCGGCAACCGAUCAGUGGUCAUCCACUUGGCCGACAAGUCGCGCCUGGCGUGCACCAAUUGGAAACCCCUCUCCGACGCGUGCGACGUCGCGCCGGGUCCCAGUGGGCCAAAGCCGAACAGCACCGCUCCGCCCGACACCUCCAUUCCCAUUUACACGCCGCCUCCGGUCGUGAACUCUUCUACGCCGCCCCGGACCUCCUCGCUGCCCUCGCGGACCUCUUCGCCGCCGGUCUUCACCGGUGCCGCGGUACCGAACGCGGUCAAUGAUGGGGUUUGGGUGGUGGGUUCAGCCCUCAUGGCUGCGUUAACUUUCUUCCUUUAA